AUGGCUGCCAAAUUGUUCCUUGCCUCGCUUGUGCAAAGCGUCUUCCAGCUGCCGCAGAUGGUCGGUGAUGAGCUGGAUGAGGCCACACGUGAGCACAUGCAGCAGCGUGCAGAAUAUCUGAACCAGGAGAUGAAUCGGCUGCUGCAGGAGCUGGAGCAGAGGAAACAGGUCUGGAGGACCCAGAGGUGGGGUGGCUUUGCUAGGAGAGCCCCACUAUUCGCUGCCUUGCAGCAUUGGCAGUUUUGGGUGAUUGCUGGAGUCCUGGUACUAUUCUUUGGGCUCUACUGGUGGCUCAUGGAAAGGAGGAGCCAUGCGCCAGACAGUAGCAGUGAUGAGGAGAGCUCCAGCAGUGAGAGUGAGGAGGUGCAGGACAAUGAGGAGGAAGAAAAUGAUGAUGCAAAUGAACUGAGAGGUAUGAGAGGUAUUUUUGAGGAGUACAUACAGCAGCCAGUUCAGAACCUGGCCUCAGAGUGCCAGACUGUGAAGGAGCUGGUGGACAACUUCAUUCUUGUCUUCAGAGCGCUCUUGUCAAAUAGUUUAUUCCCGGAGCUGCAGUCAGCCAUUGGGGUGGGCAGCGCCUUCGAAGGUUGGAGUCCCCAUGAAGAAGAUGUCAUCUACUGUGUGCUCGUGCCCAUGAAGCCUCCCCGUUGGCAUUCCUUCCACCUGGAGCUGUGCAAUGCUGGGGCGAUGCAGGCAAGGAACUUCUGCAUCCGUGUGGAGCAGGAAUGCACCUGCAUGAGAGAGCAGCUGGUGGGGGACAUGCUGUGCUUCCUCCACCACCCCGAGGAGGAGCUGAGGAGGAAUCAGAACGCCAGCCUCCUACGCACCCUCUGCACUGGCUCCUAUCUGGAUGCCCGUAAAACUGCCCGCUGGUUCCAUCAAUUGGUGAAAGCAGCCUGGGUGGCUUUGCCUCAGGUGACCAGUUGCCAUCUAAAGAUGAUGCCCUUUAACCGCUCCUGCAAAUUCCAGGUCACACAAGCUGAUCAGAAGAGACUCAUUAUUGAGAUAAUGUCUGGGGUGCAGCAAGGCGAUUCAGACAUCUUUGUGACCAGCCAAAGUACAGAGGCCAUCUUCACGCCAAGCACGAUGUGGACAGAGAGCUGUGCUGUGGCAGAGGUGAAGUUCUUCAGCCAUAUGACCAAGCAGGCCCCACGUGACACAUUCCACCUCAAAUGCCUGCAGCUCUACAAUCGCAUCCUGGUGGGCACAGGCUUUUCCGACUAUACUUUGAAGACAGUUGUGAUGCACCUCCUGACCACCAUACCCCUGUCAACCUGGAGCAGGAGGGAAUUUGUGAUGCGGAUGCAGGAUAUCAUGUGGUACCUGCGCAGCUGCCUGGAGGAGAAACGCCUUGACCACUUCUUCUUUGGCAAUGAGAACGUGCCCAAGGAGAUAAUCUUGCCGCCAGCCUUCCAAACGGCCGAGCCACUCAACCUCUUUCAGCGCCUGGCGCAGGAUCCGGACAUGCACGCCCAGGCACUGCAUGAGUUCAAUGAGCUGCAAGAUCGGCUCACGAGACUGCUGUUCUAUGGACGCUGA